CGCCUUGAAGAUUGAUAAUGGAUAUCCUAUGGAUUUUAUGGAUAUUUCACACCGCGCUGGCUCUGGAAGAAACAUUAAUGGACUCCACUACAGCAACGGCAGAGCUGGGAUGGACGGUGUUUCCCGUCUCUGGCACCAGUGAGAACAGCUGGGAAGAGGUGAGCGGCUACGAUGAGAACAUGAACACCAUCCGCACCUAUCAGGUCUGCAACGUCUUCGACGCCAACCAGAACAACUGGGUGCGCACAAAAUACAUCCACCGACGAGGAGCCCAGCGCAUCCACGUAGAGAUGAAGUUCUCGGUACGGGACUGCAGCAGCAUCCCGCGGGUACCAGGCUCCUGCAAAGAGACCUUCAACCUGUACUACUACGAAUCGGACGCCGACACGGCCACCAAGGUGUCCCCUCCGUGGAUGGAGAACCCCUGGAUCAAAGUCGACACCAUCGCCGCCGACGAGAGCUUUUCGCAGGUGGACCUGGGCGGACGCGUGAUGAAGAUCAACACGGAGGUGCGCAGCUUCGGGCCCGUCUCACGGAACGGCUUCUACCUGGCGUUCCAGGACUACGGAGGCUGCAUGUCGCUCAUCGCGGUCCGGGUUUUUUACCGCAAAUGCCCACGCGCCGUCCGGAACGGGGCCAUUUUUCUGGAGACGCUGUCGGGGGCCGAGAGCACUUCUCUGGUCGCGGCGAGGGGGGUGUGUAUACCGAACGCGGAGGAGGUGGACGUACCCAUCAAACUCUACUGCAACGGGGAUGGCGAGUGGAUGGUGCCUAUCGGGCGCUGCAUGUGCAAGGCUGGACACGAACCUGUGGACAACGGGACCGUAUGUAGAGUCUGCCAGUCGGGCUUCUUCAAGCCGGCGCAGGGUGACGAGGCGUGUUUGCCGUGCCCCAUCAACAGCCGCACCACCAACGACGGCGCCACCAUCUGUGUGUGUCGUAACGGCUACUAUCGGACCGACUCGGACCCGAUACAAAUGCCAUGCACAACCGUGCCGUCGGCCCCGCAGAGCGUGAUCUCCAGCGUGAACGAGACGUCCCUGAUGCUGGAGUGGGCUUCCCCGCGCGAGAGCGGCGGCCGUGGCGACGUGGUCUACAACGUGAUCUGUAAGAUCUGCGGAGGCCGAGGCUGCACGCGCUGCGGGGACAACGUUCAGUUCACGCCACGCCAGCUGGGCCUCACCGACACGCGGGUCUACAUCAGCGACCUGCUUGCUCAUACUCAGUACACGUUUGAGGUGCAGGCUGUCAAUGGAGUUUCAGAACAGAGUCCUUACUCACCCCAGUAUGCCUCGGUGAACAUCACAACUAACCAAGCUGCUCCCUCUGCAGUUUCUAUCAUGCACCAAGUCAGCCGGACAGUGGACAGCAUCACUCUGUCCUGGUCGCAACCAGACCAACCAAACGGCGUCAUUCUCGACUACGAGCUGCAGUAUUAUGAGAAGGACCAGACUGAGCAUAACUCCUCCAUCAUAAGAAGUCAGACCAACACGGCUAUCAUUCGCGGCCUUAAGCCAGGAGGCAUCUACGUGUUCCAAGUGCGGGCACGCACCGUGGCUGGGUUUGGACGCUACAGCGGCAAGAUGUACUUCCAGACCAUGACGGAGGAGGAGUACAACACUAGCAUUCAGGAGAAGCUGCCUCUAAUCAUCGGCUCAGCUGCUGCAGGCUUGGUCUUCCUCAUCGCUCUGGUGGUGAUUAUCAUCGUGUGUAACAGACGUGGCUUUGAGAGAGCUGACUCAGAAUACACAGACAAGCUACAACACUACACAAGUGGACACUUGUCACCAGGAAUGAAAAUCUACAUCGAUCCGUUUACCUACGAAGACCCCAACGAAGCAGUGAGGGAAUUUGCCAAGGAGAUUGACAUUUCCUGUGUGAAAAUUGAGCAGGUCAUCGGAGCAGGAGAGUUUGGGGAGGUUUGCAGUGGCAACCUGAAGCUGCCCGGUAAACGGGAGAUGUUCGUGGCUAUUAAGACUCUGAAGUCAGGCUACACGGAGAAGCAGAGACGAGACUUUCUGAGCGAGGCCAGUAUCAUGGGACAGUUUGACCAUCCUAAUGUUAUUCACUUGGGGGGCGUGGUGACCAAGAGCAGCCCUGUCAUGAUCAUCACCGAGUUCAUGGAGAACGGCUCACUGGAUUCUUUCCUUAGGCAAAACGACGGGCAGUUCACGGUGAUCCAGCUGGUUGGCAUGCUGCGUGGUAUCGCCUCGGGAAUGAAGUACCUGGCCGAUAUGAACUACGUACACCGUGACCUGGCGGCCCGGAACAUUCUGGUUAACAGUAACCUGGUGUGCAAGGUGUCAGACUUUGGGUUGUCACGCUUUCUGGAGGACGACACGUCUGACCCCACCUACACCAGCGCCCUGGGAGGGAAGAUCCCCAUCCGAUGGACCGCACCAGAAGCCAUCCAGUACAGGAAGUUCACCUCAGCCAGUGACGUAUGGAGCUACGGUAUCGUCAUGUGGGAGGUGAUGUCCUACGGAGAGAGGCCGUACUGGGACAUGACCAAUCAAGACGUGAUCAAUGCCAUCGAGCAGGACUACAGGCUUCCUCCGCCCAUGGACUGCCCGAGCGCCCUGCACCAGCUCAUGCUUGACUGCUGGCAGAAGGACCGCAACAACCGACCCAAAUUCAGCCAGAUUGUCAACAACCUGGACAAGAUGAUCCGUAACCCCAACACCCUGAAGGCCAUGACACCUCUUUCUUCAGGCGUUCACUUGCCCUUGCUGGACCGCAGCCUGCCCGACUUCUCAAGCUUCAGCACCGUGGACGACUGGUUAGACGCUAUCAAGAUGGGCCAAUACAAAGACAACUUUGCCAACGCUGACUUCACCAGCUUCGAUCUGGUCUCACAGAUGACAAUGGAGGACAUCCUCAGGGUAGGUGUGACUUUGGCGGGUCAUCAGAAGAAGAUUCUGAACAGCGUGCAGAUGAUGAGGGCGCAGAUGAAUCAGAUCCAGUCGGUGGAGGUUUGA